AACCUGUGUUGUGUCGUGCUGCAAGGCAGACGCACUUGCCGUCGUUGAUGUGAUGUGAUGCGUUUAUCAGACGAGAGUGGAGGCUGUGUAGUUGUUACUGUAAUGAGAACUUUAAUAAUUUGUGAGAACUUCUAGUAAAAUUUGUUUUAAUGCAAUAUAUGCUGCCGCUUAGCGGUGGUAAUUCAUACUAGUCGCCUGUCACAACUAUUUAAUUUUUCAUUCGCUUUGAAUAACAAAAACAAAAAUGAGAUUGACAAGAAGAGUAUUUAAAAACAUGAGUAGCAUAGCUAGUAUGCUUGACUACUAUUCACAGUUCAACCCGUCGCCGCUUUCAAUUAAACAGUUCAUUGACUUCGGACUGAGUGCUUGCCAAGAGAAAAGCUUUAUCUUUUUGAGGAAGGAACUGCCAGUGAGGCUGGCAAAUAUAAUGAAGGAAAUUCAUCUUCUGCCGGACAAAUUGCUGAAGACGCCUUCAGUAAAUCUCGUAAAUAACUGGUACCUGAUGAGCUUCGAGGAAAUUUUGCAUUUUGAAAAAGCCGACGUGAGUCCUGCAGUGCUAGAAAGGUUCUGCCAGGCGCUGAUCAAGAUUCGAAAUAGACAUACGGACGUGGUCCAGACGAUGGCACAAGGGGUCCUUGAGCUGAAGGAGUCGCACGCGGUGGACCAGGCAACGGAGAACAGCAUCCAGUACUUCUUGGACAGGUUCUACAUGUCCAGGAUCAGCAUCCGAAUGCUCAUAAACCAGCACACUCUACUGUUUGGUGGACAACUUGAUGGUCAACUGAAUAGUCGCCAUAUUGGUUGCAUUGACCCACAGUGUGAUCCAGUCAGUGUGGUUCAAGAUGCUUAUGAACAUGCUCGAUUCCUCUGUGACCAAUAUUAUUUUGCUUCACCUGAGCUUAUCAUUCAUCAACAUAACGCUCUUGAGAUGAAUGCUCCCAUAAGAAUCAUCUAUGUCCCAUCACAUCUUUUCCACAUGCUGUUUGAGCUCUUCAAGAAUUCAAUGAGAGCAAUCAUGGAAUUCCAUGGAAACAGUGAAAACUAUCCACCCAUAGAGGUCAACAUUGUGCUUGGGAGAGAAGAUGUGUGUGUGAAGGUUUCAGACAAAGGUGGUGGAAUUCCCCGAAGUGCAACUGAUCAGUUGUUUCAUUACAUGUACUCCACAGCUCCACAGCCACCCAAAUCUGAUGCUCACACUGUACCCCUUGCAGGUUACGGUUAUGGUCUCCCAAUUUCUCGUCUGUAUGCGAGGUAUUUCCAUGGGGAUUUGAUGCUGCUUUCCUGUGAUGGAUAUGGAACAGACACUAUAAUUUACAUGAAGGCACUCUCCAAUGAGGCAAAUGAAUUGCUUCCAAUUUUCAACAAGACAUCAACAAAAUAUUAUCGCACAUCGAUCCCUACGGGAGAUUGGAGCAACUGUUCCAACAUUCGGCAUUUGACGAUGAAUCGAUUACGAAGCUAGCCAAUGUUGCAUGGUUGAUUUCAUCUGAACUACUCCUGUCUAAGCUUUUAAAAUUAAAAAUGGAAGUAGAUCCAUUUCUGGAUGAAGACUUCUUGAAUUUCUAGAAGAGACAGAUCUUCCAUUAUGGGUGAAAUUCCAAGAAAAGACUUUAUCCUCAACUGUUUAUUUGUCAUCAUCUAUUGGGAAUAACAAUAUUGUUUAUAAUUGUGUGUAUAUUUGCAGGUGAUAAGCAGACAUAAAGAACCUUUUUUUGUAUAGAGGCAAUGGAGAGCAAGAGAAUAAGACUGCAGAUAGAAAUAAUCAACUGAAGUUUAUUUGAAACGGGGGUAAAUAUUGUAUUUUCAGCACAGAACUGCACACGUGUAACUGGUAGUUUUGCCAGUCUUUUAAUUUUCUUGUGUACAGUAUGAUUGUAGUAUGUUUUAAGGACUUCUUUAGUCUAUCAGUAACUAGAUCAAUGUGUGUGCAAUAUACAUCUAACAUUAAAUGUAAAUGUUAUAGAUUAUGUUCAGAUUUUAUGCUUAACAGGCAUAUUUCUUUGGGUAAAACUACACAGAAAGAUGUUAGUAAUCAAGCUCCUUAUGGGUGAUAAAUGAAAAGCUGAGAGCUUUCUUCACCUUUUAUUGUUGUUCUUGUGCCUGUUGUUUGUGCUGUGACUGCAGUUGUUAUUUUAUGGUAUGAUGUAAGUUUUUGCAUUUACCAUGGCUUUCCUAUCUCCCUUUUCUGUUUACCUAUGCAAAUUUUACAAUAAGAUGUCAUGUCUUAGAACAGAACCUACCAUUUUUAAAGUGUUUUACAUGUUGGAUUUCAAUAAUAUACCUAUUUACAUUCCAACAGUACAAAAUAUGUCAUUUUUAAUUUACUAAUUCACAUAACAUUAUUGAUUAAGGUGUGAUUCUUUCUCAGGAUUGUGUCUUUACAUGCAGUGUACUGUUUCAAUUAGAUUAUUGUUGUUGUAUAUCACAUUUUAAAUUGUGUUGAAUAUUAAGUUAUUGUAUACAUAGACUGGAUAAUAAAUAAUUAUUUUCAUUAGAAGGGACAGAGAACUCAAAUCAUGAGAUGAAAUGGUAGCCUAUAAUCAUAUUAUGAGUAAUUAUUGAGAACAGCAGUUGUUGAAACUGAAUUGUUCUCAAUAUCUCAAAAUUCUUGUUUGAUCCAAUAUUAACUGCAACAAUGUUUACUCCUCCCCAUCUUUCUCUGUAUCUGUUUUAUGUAUUAGCAGCAAAAUGUAGUAGAGGACAAAAUAGUCUUUUAUUAAAAGUUACUCAUUUCAGGGAGCAGCACUCUGUUUUGGAAGUCAGUUUCAAUCAUAUAAUAGUGCACUAUGAUGGUGCAGUCAACUCAGUUUUUAGUUAAUUCUCAACUUUAAUGCUUUAGUCACUCACAUGCAGAGAACAUGGAUUUUGUCAUUUCUGUAACUCCACUUUUAAUUCUUCUAACUCACUAGAGAUAUUUAGAUAGACCGAAAGCUUAUCCUUGCUCUCAACAUCAGAAACUGUCUCAUGAGGAGUAGAAAAUAAAACUUGUUUGAGAUAAGCUUUCAGCAUUAGAACUGAAUUUUUGCAUUGAGACUUUAAGGGGAAAAAAUUGAGGGUUGAGGAAGAGAAGUGUUUCUUAUUUGCCCUUUCAGUUCUGACACAAAGAGAAGAAAAAAAAGGAAAACAACCAUCCAUUCUAGAAGCAUGAUGUCAAUAGUUUUAUACUCCAUCCCAUCACAGUUUUAGCUGCUGAUUUCUGUUGCCUUUUUUCCCCUAUUUCAGCAUAAGUUUCAGUUUUCUAUUUUUACUUCCUUGUUUCGGUGUCAUAUUCUCUGCUUUUAAUUUUUCUUUGGAAACUGUAUCUUAACAAAGAUGUUUUUAUAUGUGUCUCUCCUAAAAAUGUAAUAGACUGCUUGACUAGUUGAAGUACCUGUGUAUUUUUAACAUAAAAGCAAUAGCUUAUUGUUUUUAAGAUGACCUUUCUGCUGUGAAAUUAAAUACAAUUAAAAUAGCAGGGAAAUUUGUAUUUUAUGUUACAUAUUAAAACCAUUUGCUGGACCAGGACUUGAAACUGUGUCCCUGUAGGCAGUAUGCUAUGAUAAGCAGGCAUGGUCUGUCUUUUACAAUAUGGAAUGACUGAUGUUAGAGCUGUGUACUUUAUUUUGGUCAGUCAUUCCAUUAAGCAUUUUAUUUUCUUUUGUUAAUGCACAUAGGUGAUUCAGCUUAGUUAAAAACAUAUCAGUGUUGAUGUACUGCUGAUUUCUUUUUCCUGUGAGCUUACAGACAUGUUAAAAUUCAGCCACAUCCACUGCCAUACAAUUUUAUAUACAAUGGUUUUUUGAUAUAUUACAUCUGGAUGCCUGUGAGAAUAUAGUAUUAUUAACCAUGAAAAAUUCAGGUUUAUUUAUUGUCUGUUGUUAAGAAACAUGUAGUAUUACUUGUCAUAAAGGUGUAAUGGUAAGAAAUGAACAUGAUACAGGAAAUCAAGUAAUGAUUUCUUUAACUUUCAUAUUAACCAACUAUCCCUCAAAUUGCAACAAUAUUAUGACUGAGUGGGAGGGAUAUAUAUAUAUAUAUAUAUAUAGAGAGAGAGAGAGAGAGAGAGAGAGAGAGAGAGAGAGAGAGAUGGUAUCAGAGCUACAGGGCAAAUAGAUCUAGCCCAAAAUGGGAUGAAUGUAAGAGAUGGUGAAAGGAGACAAAUAGUAGGCAAUAAAUAAUAAGACAUGAGUUUCACUUUAAACAAGACCAGAGCUUGUCUCAGCCUAGUCUUUGUUGAACCACAUAGGACUCUUACUCUCUAAUUGUCUUACUUUCAUUUAAACACUAAUGUAUAGCAUAAGGAAGGUUAGUGUGGCUUGCAUAGUAGGUAGUAUAAGGAUCAAAAGUUAAGCAGUAAAGUAAGGGACAAUGGAGGUAACAAAAAUCAUAUCAAAGGGGGGGAACACAGGGGUUGUAUUUGAAAUUCAUAGGAGGUAACAGUUUUACAUUUUCUCUUAUAUUUUUGUAAGCAUCUAAAUCUGAGUCUAACAUAUCGUGAGAUGACAGAUCAACUCCAUGAAUUCCCCCCUGCCCUAUUAUUAGUCUUCGUUCUAUUCUUUGCCCUAUGUUGCUGUUUUCUCGGUGGUCAUUUAUUCUAUUUGUCUUCUCAUCCAUUUUAAUUGUUUUGCCCAUCCAAUUUUCAGUGUCUUCAUGCUUUUGCUAUUGUCCUGUCCAGUUAAAGAUGGUCUUGUCAAGCUUUACUACCAUUUUCAGUGCUCUCAGUUUUUACCACUAGUUUUUGCCCCCCCCCACCCCCCUCACUUCAUACCAUCUAUGUUUCUUCAUGCUCUUUAGAUCAUUUCACCAGGCUACAUACUAGGAUAGUUCCCUUAUGUUUUAAAAAAAAAUCAAGUAGACUGUCGUAUUUUCAUUUUUAAGCCUACUUUAAUUUCUCAGUUGUAGGCAAAAGACUGUCAGCUCUGUUUAAUAUGUCUUAUUCAUUCUUCACAGCCAUAUGGAAACUGUGUGUAGUAAUCUAACAGCUGUUUAAUUAUACAGUCUAUGUAAGAACCUUGACAGCAAUUCAACUUUUUCCCAACUACUCCCACACUAAUAACCUGAGAUCCCUUGUAUCAUGUUGCAUUGUUACAGUAGAUUUAUAAAUAUCAUAUAUUAUUGUUAUGUGAAUAAUGCAUAAUCUCCAGCAGAUAUACUAUAAUGACUCCAAUCUGACAUCCAGCACACAGACAACUAUUCGCUCACCAAAGGGUGAACAGCUGAAUGCAUAAAUGUGAUGAGCUUUGUUAGGUCAUUGACCAGGCUGCCUUGAUUAUAUUUUUCGUAAUAUUAUUUGAAUCACUUUACACAACUGUGCUUGAAUACCUUAAACAAAGAUGCCACAUCCUUCUCCAUUUGUUAACAAAUGUGAAAAAGUGUGUGCUGUUUAAUGCUCACAUGAAUGAUGAAGCAUUAACUGGUAACCAAAACAGGAAAAAAUGAGUCACCUGUUACUUGGUGUGUGAUGUAAACUGCUUCAUUUGUUAUAGAGGGAUGUUCCUUAAUUACUGAAAGGUAUUAACCAAGGGAAAAAAUUAUGAGUACUUUCUUGACCUGUGAAGUUUGCGGUGGUCUAUUCCCAGGUGAAACCAAUUUGAAAGAUCACAACUUCAUGCAGAAUUUAAAACACAUACUGAUAAGAUGGCAUUAAAGGAGAAGAAAGAGGUUUUUUUCAGGACAUUCAGGAGCAAUGGUUGUGGGCUGUUUAUGGAGAGAUUGGAAAAAGAAUGCAAGAAAAUGGGUUCACUAUUGAACAAACUGUAGAAAACACUAUUUUUAAAAAUUUAUACAUUUCAACAGUUCAAAAUGUGUUCAGAAUUAUAAUAAAACAAAUUUGUCAACAGAAUUGUAGCAACAGCAAGGGACCUAAUGUGUCCCUUCUGCAUGUGAGAUGUCAAAAUGUAAGCACUGGUAUUGCCAUUUGUUAUUGAAAUAAGAUUUUACUGUUUGUAAAUUUUCAGUGUUAUACACUUCGAUUCUAUUAUUGGUUAAAUGCUAUACAAUUUU